AGGGCUGGUUGUGGGUGGUGGGGGGCGGCUGUUAUGGAGGAGUUGGAUCCAGGGCGGGCGUAGGCCCGCCGGUAGCGUCCUGGGAAGAUUCAUAGCAAGGACAGCUUGUGCUUUGUCAGGACCCCGUUCGGAAUCUCCGUGUUGACCCGUCUAGAUGAAACUUCUGAGAAGAAGCUGGGGACACUGUGUUUGGGCUGUGUGUAUCUAGUAAGCUUUUGACCCUGAAAAAGGCAGGCGUGUGUCCUUUAAGAGGCAGAGAGGUGCAGACUAGAUGGAUCUAAAGACAGCAGUGUUUACUGCAGCUCGUGAUGGCAAGCUGCGGCUCCUCUCUAAGCUGCUGGCAAGCAAAACAAGAGAAGAGGUAGCCCUACUGAUAUCAGAGAAAACCAGUGGUGCCACACCACUUCUGAUGGCAGCCCGUUACGGUCAUCUAGACAUGGUGGAAUACUUGCUGGACCACUGCUCUGCAUCAAUAGAAGUUGGGGGUUCUGUGAAUUUUGAUGGUGAGACCAUUGAGGGGGCUCCGCCGUUAUGGGCAGCGUCUGCAGCUGGUCACUUGAAGGUGGUUCAGUGUCUGUUAGAUCAUGGUGCAUCUGUCAACAACACAACUCUGACAAAUUCAACGCCGCUUAGAGCUGCCUGUUUUGAUGGUCACCUGGAAAUAGUAAAGUACCUUGUGGAGCACAAAGCAGACCUGGAAGUAUCCAAUCGUCAUGGGCAUACAUGCUUGAUGAUCUCAUGUUACAAAGGCCACAAAGAAAUUGCUCAGUAUUUACUUGAGAAAGGAGCUGAUGUUAACCGAAGAAGUGUUAAAGGAAACACAGCGUUACAUGACUGUGCGGAGUCUGGAAGUCUGGAGAUCAUGAAGAUGCUUCUGAAGUAUUGUGCUAAAAUGGAACAGGAUGGUUACGGAAUGACUCCCCUGCUGUCAGCUAGUGUGACAGGCCAUACAAAUAUCGUGGACUUUCUGACACAGCAUGUGCAGACCACUAAGGCUGAACGCGUAAAUGCCCUGGAACUUCUAGGAGCAACAUUUGUGGACAAAAAGAGGGAUCUGCUUGGUGCCAUGAAGUACUGGAAGCGAGCUAUGGAAAUGAGAUACAGUGAUAGGACUAAUAUCCUGAGCAAACCUGUGCCGCAAACACUAAUUAUGGCAUAUGAUUAUGCUAAAGAAGUAAACAGCUCCGAAGAGCUAGAAAAUCUUAUUGCAGACCCUGAUGAAAUGAGAAUGCAAGCACUAUUAAUUAGAGAACGAAUUCUUGGUCCAUCUCACCCAGAUACAUCCUACUAUAUUAGAUACAGAGGUGCUGUCUAUGCUGACUCUGGAAACUUCAAGCGUUGUAUCAACUUAUGGAAAUAUGCUUUGGACAUGCAGCAGAGCAAUCUUGACCCACUGAGCCCAAUGACAGCCAGCAGUUUGCUAUCGUUUGCUGAACUUUUUUCCUUCAUGCUUCAGGACAGGGCAAAAGGCCUGCUAGGCACUACUGUCACAUUUGAUGAUCUCAUGGGUAUACUGUGCAAAAGUGUUCUUGAAAUAGAACGGGCCAUGAAACAAACCCAGUGUUCUCCUGAUCCGAUACAGGUGAACAAAGCCCUUUCCAUCAUCUUGCAUUUAAUUUGCUUGUUGGAGAAAGUACCUUGCACCUCAGAACAGGAGCAUUUUAAGAAACAGACUAUUUACAAGUUUCUUAAGCUUCAGCCUAGAGGGAAGAAUAACUUUAGUCCACUUCACCUUGCUGUUGACAAUAAAACUACAUGUGUGGGUCGCUACCCAGUUUGUAAAUUCCCCUCUCUACAAGUUACUGCUAUCCUAGUGGAAUGUGGUGCUGAUGUAAAUGUCAGAGACUUUGAUAACAACAGUCCGUUACACAUUGCUGCACUGAACAACCAUCCAGACAUCAUGAAUCUUCUUAUCGAGUCAGGUUCUCACUUUGAUGCCACAAACUCACAUAAACAAACUGCUAGUGAUUUACUGGGUGAAAAGGAAAUGGCAAAAAAUUUAAUCCAGCCAAUAAAUCAUACUACUUUGCAGUGUCUUGCUGCCCGUGUAAUAGCGAAUUAUAACAUAUGCUACACAGGGCACAUCCCUGAAAAACUAGAGAACUUUGUUUUGCUCCAUAGAUGAUAGUAUGGAGUGCCAGAGUACGGUUUUGAAGCAUGACUUCAUGAUAAUAUUUUCCUUGAGCACUGUUACAAUACACCAGCAUUCUCUUAGCUUGCUUCAUCUUGCUCUCAUUGGCUAAAUCAUUGUUAGUGUCAGAUCUGCAGAGUUGGGUACCUAGUAUUUAAUAUGAAUAUUCCAUAUAAUAUAUUUUGUGGAUUAUUUAGAAAUGUAAUGCCAUAUUUAGACUCUUCAAAUUGUCUGCCAAAGGCUUGUCUAUUCUGGUCUUACUUGCCUGUUGGUGUUUGGGACUGAGUUAAGUAUCUUCCACUGAUAUCUUUUUACUGUAAGUGUGUGGAUUUUAUACAGUUGGAAGGUCAUCUUUUUGGUUUUGCUUGAGCAUUUCUACUCUAACUCUUUCCUUUUUCUAUGGACUCAUUGCUAAAAUGUACAAGUUGUAUGGACUGUUAACAUUUGCAGCUACCGUAAGUGCUUUUAUCUUCUCUAUGCACUGGCUUAAACAUGACUGUUGUGUGUGAGCAUAUUUCUAUGCAGCACUUGGCCAAUGUGAACUUAAAUGCCGAUUUUUGGAGUUUGUUUGGAGCUUUUCCAAGACUGCUGUGUUCAUAGCAUGAUAAAUUUUGGAGUUACUUACCAGCUGUCCAAAUUUGGGUUUGACCUGUAACGGAGGUUGUUUUCCUUCUGAUCCUCUGGAAAUUUGUUCUAAAUUUGGGAGAAUAUCUCACUUUUUCUCUUUGUAGUCCACUUGAACUUUAAAUCUGAAGAUGUUUUAUUGCAUCGUGCAGUUAGGGGAGGAGUCUUCAUUAUGUACAAUUGACACCUUCCCCUUUGCACUAAUGUCUUGCUUGUGCUGGUUAUGUAACUAGAUGUGAAGUUGUUCAAAGUUUAACCUCAAACUUAAUGGUACACUUUAAUGAGAAAUAGAUCAAAUGUAUGCUGUAGUUUAAAAUUUACAAAUCAGUAUUAGCUAUCUAAGAAACUAAAGCAUGUAGGUGGCAUGAUGCUUAUUUGUCCGCAUCUAGACGUCAUCUAAUACAGUAAACGGCUGUAUGGCAGGGUGUUGAAAGUUCUAUAGCAGUGUCUUUUUUAAUUCAUUUUAAGUGUCUUUAUCAAUACUUGCAUGGCUUUUUCACCUCUGCUAUGUCAGCUCUACAUAACAAAAAGCAGAAGUUCUGUUGUGUAUGUAGCUCCUAAUUAAAGUACCUAUUUUUAUAAUAUUUGCACAACAGCUUAGCUUUUACAACAGAAAGGGCUCUUUUGACUUGAUAAGAAAUCUAUAAAUAAAGAUCAUAAAUGUGAGUGCAAUUCAGGUAAUUAAUUUAAUUCAGCACUUUACUGUUGAUUAAUAGUAGAAUUUAUAAUGCAGAUGUGUUAAAGUGAAAAUCAUUUCAGUUGCAUAGAAUAUAGUUUACUUGUAAAUUUAAUGGUAUAGCAUACUGGAUAUUUUUGACUUGAUAUUUCAUUUCAGUGGUGGGCUGUAAGUGUACCUAUACAGGGCUUUUGAUCCAGAAGGUCAACAAGCACAUUUAGGCCUGUGUUUAGGCCUUCCUGUUCUUCUCAUUUUUCUCUUCCUAUUUGGGAUUUUAUUUUUUUUUUUCCCUAUUGAAACAUACUGCUUCUGAGCUACCAAUGCAGAAAAAUAUUGGGAACACUGCUGAAAAAAUUGUAUGCCCUGCAGGGGUGUAACAGCUUUUAAAAUUGAUUAUACAGUUCACAGUAAGCCUCUCUAGAGGCAGAGGCUCCUUGCUUGUUGAUACCUCCAAAGUUGUAUUUUUUUGGGGGGUAGGGGAUAAAUGCUUAAAUCUGUUUUUCUUCUAAUUGUCUUGGGUUUCAAAUGAAAUACUUAAUCCAGGAAGAUGAAUAGUAUUCUCCUAAAAAAAAAUAAAUGCUUUUCUUACCAAAUUCUAUGAGACUUUAUUCCUAUUUUUGUAUAGUUUAUGCUGAUAACAAGAUUCAUCUGUCUUUGGUGUCUUUGUUCUCUUUGUUAAGUGCAGUGUAAAGACACUUUCUGAAGUGAAAGGCAACAGUUAGUUUUCCAUAUGUACUUUACAGCAGUCACUGGAUAAGAAGUAAUUUUGUGUGUUUUCAGAGUCCCCAAAGAGGUAUCUCUUAUUGACUGUUUUACAACUCAUUAAAAUAAACCUGUUUCCAUUUUUACAGAACACUACUUUUUAAAAAAGGAAUGGAGUGCUGUAGCAAAAUCCUUACAGGAGGGUUUAUAGGAAAGGUAAAAGCCUCAUGAGGAAAAAAUGUGCCUCUCAUGAGUUUUAUAUCAAAUGCAAGGUGACAGCGGCAGGGUAUAACUGCUCUUGAAAUAGCUUCCUCAUGCUUUGAAAUACAGAGUGCGAUGCCUGUUAAACUCUAAGAUGCUGGCAAAUGCGAGUAAGUAGACUACACACUAACUUCCGUCUUCUGUGAUUAUGAUGAAACCAGUUGGUAUUUAAUGCUUCAAAGUAAUUUUGGAAAAAUUGGUGGGAGACAUGCUAGACUGCUCGUACCUCUUGGCUUUGAGUGUGAAUUGAGCCCUCAGUGAGGGCCAAAUGAAAAGUUAUUGUUGUUUUGGUUAUAAAUAACAUGGUAUUUGUGUUCUAUCACAAAGACUUCCUAUGCAGGGCUAGCUCCAUGUAUGGAAAUAUUGGAGUUUCCUCUUCAUGUGAAGAAAUUUAGCUUUAACAGUAAUGUAAAAAAGGAAUAACAAGCAUAUUUCUCUGUUCUUGCUCUCUUUAGGCUCCAGAUGCAGAUUACAUUAAAAAUAUGUUUUGGAGAACA